UUCCUUUCUUUUUAGAAAAACCUAAGUUACUAUUUUUCACCGUAACCAUUUAUCUCGGGUUACUAUGCGCCUUACGAUUUACUUCUAUUCCUUUCUGUGUAUGUUGUCGUUAUUUUUGAGUUUCCUACAACCCGGUUUUCCUGAGGUCUGGCUUGCCUCCGCCCACAAGCCGAGGAGUGCAUAAAUACCCAGGCCCCUGGCCCUGCAGCAGGCUGAUUCCUCAAUCAGUCCAAAAGCUCCCUCAGCCUGCUGCUGGCCCGAGGUCCCCUGCGAUGGAGCAGCGUUUUCUCGGCCGCGUGAAGGAGGACUGGAACUCCGCAGACGUGGCGCCAGAGGUCCAGCCUCCACCCAGCGAGUGCUUAGCAGAGUCUGGGCCGUGGCCGCUCCCUUUCUACCCGGUACUGGAUGAGUUCUCAGGCGACCACGAUGAUUUCGGUUGCAAAUUGCUUUCCAGUCCUUGCUGGCGCCUACAUUUUCCCUUCGUGGGAGACCGACUCGGUCCCAGAGCCCCGAGCACCUUGGAACCAAGCCCAGCCCAACUGGCACCGGGAGGAGAGAGGGACCCGGCACCGGAACCCGACGGGCGCCUGCUUCAGCAGCUGGCGUUGGCCAGACCGACCGGGCCCCGCGACAGACAGCAGGACGUCGAGACCCCUGACAGCGGGCCCCCUUCAGAGGACCGGUCUCCUCCUGCCCCCUCUCGGUGGAGCCGCGACGGGCUCGUCUCUGGCUGCUUCGAGUGGAUCGGUCGCACCCUGCGCGCCUUGAGCUGCUGUGGCCGCUGCUGGUCCGUCUUUGGCGCCAAGGAGCCCUUGAUUGCAGCCUGAGCCUGUUGGGCUCUUGCCCCAGGCAAAGAUCCUCGGCUACAAAACCUACCCCUUACAUGGAAUAAAAACGCAUUAAGACCUCAGUUCAGAGAUGGUUGUCAAAGCGUGGUCUCUUUCCCCUUGAGCUUCUCGAUGCAGUCUGGUCGCUUGGCACUUGCACCUUCCUUGUUGCACAGUGAGCUCAGGGAACAAAACUGCAACCACUAUUUCUGCUAUUUUCGCCCAGCAGUCCAUGGCCCAACUGUCCGUGGCAGUGCCUCUGGCUUUGAUGAGCCGGACGUUCUGGCUGGCCGGCAGCAGUGGCGGUCUCUUCCGGGAGCGCUUCCUCCCUCCCAGUACUUUGAAGCACAGUUUUCCUGGCUGAGCCUCUGAUUGGUGCACGGCCAAGAACUGUUUCUUGUCCAACCGGAAGUGUUUCAGAAGGAGUGCUUCAAAUCUUGUCCUUUUUGGGAGGGAUGUUUCUUUCCAGUAUCUUUUAUUAUCACAAGGAUAUAUUUCGAUUUGCACCGCUUUCCCCCUCACCCCCGUUCACAAAUUUUCAUUAGAACAAUUGAUUUUGAUUCAUUGUCUUUUUUUCCUCCUCCCAGUACGGUUUAUGGCCAGAAAGAUAUAUUUCGAUUUGCAGUGCUUCCCAAAGCUCCGGCUUACAAUUUUUAUUAAAACGGUUUAACUCCGUUCACUGCCUUUCCCCACAACUACGUUGUUCCAGUAGAACGAUAUAUUUCCAUUUGCACCGCCUCCUCUCCUUUACAAUCUUUCAUUAAAACUAUUUAUUUUCAGUGUCUUCCCCAUUACGUUUUUUCAUCAAAACGACUUAUUUCUAUUUGGGCCCUUACCCUCCUUUUACAAAUUUUCAUUAGAAUGGUUUAUUUUAGUUCUUUGUGACUUGGGGGGGGAAAUUAUUUCCCUCCUGUUAUGAUUCUUCAUAGAUCGAUUUACUUAGGUUUGUUGACUUUUUUGUUUCUUUUCCCCCCAGUAAUGCUUAUCAUCAGAACGAUAUAUUUCUGUUCUGAUUUGCACCGCUUUUCCCCGCUGUUUACAAUAUCUCACUGCAAGGAUUCUUCUCGGGUGUAUCUCGGUUUUUUUCCACCACCACGGUAUUUCGAUUUCAUCAUUCCCUCACCACACACCCCAUUUACAAGUUUUCAUCAUAUCGAUGUAUUUCACU